CGACGGUGGCCGGAGAGGGACGUUUACCUCAUGGAGCCCGCCGCCAGCCGCCAUCACUCGCACCGCCGCCGUUUGCUCCUCGGGGAGGCCGAGAGUCCCCUCACCCGCCGGAAAAGCCUCGACACUGCUGGCUCAACCGAAUCCUGUGUGCAGAGGUUGAAAGCCAAGAACGCCCCUAUGAAGAGGACGUCGUCUUCAGAUUCUACGGAUUCAGGCUGCUGCAUGGAUUCCCCUGGCCUGCUUGGCAUGACCGACCUUGAAGAAAGCUUUCGCCUGCCCAUGAGAAGGAUGUACUCCCUCCCGCACGGCCUUCUGGGUUGCAGCCCCGCACUGAAGAGGAACCACUCGGCCUGCCCGGAUUGGGACGUUUUCCAAGCCCUUGCACCCGAGGAAAACAAAGAGAACGAGCACUUUGAGUUCAAGAAACCAACCCGCCCUGCCUCUCGUGGCUCUUUGCACUUUUCUUCUCCGGACGACGAAAAAGACCCUUUGGAAGCGGAGCAGGACUUGAACACAGCACUUACGUUCUCCGGUGGUCACAAUGGUAAAAACCAUCCCAGAGUGGAGAUCCCAGCAUUCCCAUGCCGGCUGUCCCGACAGAUCGCUGAUACGCAUAACGACGACGGCUUUUUAGAGAUGAUGGAUGGGCCUGAUAGCACUAACGACGCCGAGACGCCGUCUGACAUGUCGUGCCUUUGGACCGCUCCUCUGGUGGUCACGACGAGCGAGGACCUGCUGAGCCAGCAGCAUAAACUGAGCAACGCAACUCGCAACCUGGCUAAGACGCGUGCCGCUCCGGUGAAAAGAAUGGAGAAGCCCGUCCUCGAAGGGGGCGUCCAGGCUGUUGGCAAACGGCGGAGAAGCAGCCCCUUGGGAGUUGCUGAAGAAGCCAUGAGUCCCUCCUGCUCUUCCUCUUUGGAGAUUGGCAACGUGUUGGAUCGGGACCAGAGAGACCUGAUUGGAGAUUUUUCCAAGGGUUACCUCUUCCGCACCGUUGAUGGCAAACAUCAGGAUCUGAAGUACAUCGAUCCAGAAAUGAUCGUCGCUGUCCUGAACGGCAGCUUUUCCGUCUUCAUCGCGCAGUGCGUGAUCAUCGAUUGCAGGUUCCCCUACGAGUACGCGGGGGGUCACAUCAAGGGCGCCAUCAACCUUCCGAUGGAGCAGGACGUGGAAGACUUUCUGCUGAAAAAGCCUCUCGUGUCGUCCGGCAAUAAGCGCAUCAUUGUCGUCUUCCACUGCGAGUUCUCCUCUGAGCGAGCCCCCCGGAUGUGCCGAUUUGUCCGAGAAAGGGACCGGCUUGGCAACCAGUAUCCCAGCCUGCAUUACCCAGAGCUCUACAUCCUCAAAGGGGGCUACAAGGACUUCUUCCUCAAAUGCAAGAGCUACUGUGAGCCCCAGAGCUACCGCCCCAUGCACCACAAGGACUUCAAGGAGGACCUGCGCACCUUUCGCACCCGGAGCCGGACCUGGGCAGGCGAGAAGAGCAAACGCGAACACUACAGCCGCUUGAAGAAGCUUUGAAGAGGGCUUCAAAGUCCAAAACGGACAGAAAUGUUUU